AUGACCCACCUCGAUCGGAUCCACGAUCGCGAUCUUCACCUGACGGAUCGGAGCGAUCAAGCCGCUGCUCACAUUGUGGAUCGUGGAAACACACCGAUCUCGAUUGUUGGAGACAUGGGCAAGUGUCCGAUGGAGGAAUUCUACAACCAGAUCCGUCAAUGGUUCAACCCGGUGAAGCACGCUGGCAUGUUGCCCGCGAUCGCCGAGAAGAUGUUAAACGAGGACGCUCGCCGGGUUGGAAUCCGGUACGAGCCGAGCGUUCUAGGUACUGCAUUCGUGAACAAGAACACGGUAGAUCGAUCUGGAGAAACGCGGGGCUAUUGGAAACAACGCAGACCGGAAGAAUGGCUCACGCCAGCUGAUGGAGAAGUGACGACCGAGAUCCCGGAGCGUGAUCGCGAUCGAAGUCGGCCUCGCGUCAGCGAACACCGCAGAUCUGGCGAUGUGGUGCCUGAUCUCCUUCCUGGGGAGUCCAGAGGGUACUGGAAACAUCAUUCGCCAGGUAAGUGGUUCCGCCAGGCCAAGAUCACUGGCAAGAUCAACAAUGAGAAGUCGAUCUUACUCUUAGACACCGGCGCCGAGGUGUCCAUCGUGGACACCGCCUUUGCUCGUAAGGUGGGGUGCUAUGUCGACAUGAGUCAGAGCCAGGAAUGUGUGGGGAUUGGCGAAAUCGUGUACAUGACGGAAGGAAGGACCAGGAUCAAGGUUACGCUGGCAGGAUCGCUGGUGUAUUUCUUCGAUAUCUGGGUUGGCGAUCUAUCAGGACAAGAAGCGAUCCUGGGUAUGGACUUUAUGGUUCCAGCUGGGAUCCGCCUCGAUCUUGCGGACGGAUCCAUCUGUCUCCCCGACGAAGUCAAGAUCCAGCUUAGCGGACGGCGCCAGCUGUACAACGACAAUGGAAUGCAGAUCGCGAUCGGGGAUUCGAUCGAGCUUCCGCUACGAAUGAAUGUGACAGAUCGAGAAAAGCUAUGGGUCACCCGUGGAGAUCGCUGGGUGCCGACUGUGGUCCGAGGACCCGGCAGGAUCAGAUAUCUCCAGGUUACCAACAUCAGCGACAAAGACCUCGUCUUGCAUCGGAAUCAGCGGAUCGGGAUGUGGCUGGCUGGAGAUCGGAUACCCCGGACCCCAGGAUAUGUGUCGAUCGGAUCUUGCCGAUACGUGGAAUGGCAGAAUCUAGCCUUUCAAGCCACGACAGAUGACCGGCCGACGAACCAGGAGGUCUUACCCCAACGAGCAAAGAGGAGAAGAAGAAGAGAAGAAGAAGAGAAGCGAAGAAGAAGAAGAAGUGAAAAGAUGGCGAAGGGAGUCAAGUCAGCGGUACCAGCAACGCCGAUCAAGUCGAGUGGAACGCGCAACGAGGCAUCGGUGCGCUCCGGAAGCUCGUUCUCGACCCCAGCGACGGAUCGGAUGGAGUCGAUCGACGAGUGUUCGGCGAGAUGCGACACGGCGAUUGAUUCCUCGGACGCCAAAGAAGAUGACGAAGAUGAUGACUGGGAUGUGAGGACUGUGAUGUCCGAGACUUCGGAGGCCGCGGUUGUGUCGGCCGGCCGCAGUGGAGGAUCAAGGUCGAUCACCCGCGACCUCCCCGAAACGUUCAACGACAUGCCGGGCCCCGAGCCCGGCUGCGACGCGGAUGACGGUGCGACCGAGGGUUUCAAAGCCUCGGUGACGGUUCUAGGCCGAUGCCUGGAGCUGAUGAAGGCCAAAAGUGAGUGGAUGCAGUUGUUCUCCCCGAAGCAGGUCCGCCAGGCCAUCUGGAUGGACCUCGGAGGGGCUUUGGCAACGCCGAUCAACUCAACGAGCACUCGGCAGGUCGCUCAGAACACUGUGGACCUCCUGCGUGCAAUGGGGUGCGAGCCCCAGAUUCUCCCGACGGAGGCUGCACUCGCGAGCUGGACGCCAACCACCGCCGCCAAGGCUCUUACUAAGUGGAGGAAAAAGUUACGUGAGGCCCUUGGGGUGGCAGACCGAGGCUCAACGAAGCUUCAUUCGGCCUCGGGAGCGGUUGACUCCUCCAAGGUCCCGCUACCAGCGACCCCUCGGAAGGCAGCCACGGAUGACGGAGUCUUCGCAGUCAAGGGCGAGCCUUCGCCUUACAUGCAAUACUCGCACAUGGUAACCCCACGAUCUGCGGACCGUAGUGAACGUCUGGCUAGGGAGACCGAGAUGAGUGACGAUGAUCUCGGGUCCGACUGUUACGAGGGCGACCUGCCAAGCGAAUGGGCCCGUCAGCUUCCACGCAAGACGAGACGCACGUGGAUACUGCUGUGCGAGGCAUUCAUUAAGUACUACUGCUCGAAGUUCGCCCAGUCUGCAAAGGCUCGGUACUACUCGGCCAAACGAGAGAACAAAGAGCAUGUAUGUGACUACCUCAACCCGCUCAACGGCUGCGCUCGCAACGCCGGGGUGCAGUUUGAGCACGGGGAUCGUGACACGAAGGACCACGUCGAACACUUCUUAGUUACGUGUGACGACCGAAACUUAGAAGACCGUCUGUGCCACGUUCGGGUCAAGAGCAUUCAUGACCUCGAAGACAAGAUCAACGACAUUCUGCGUCACCGUGACCGAAAAUCGACCCGCGGAUCAUCGGUUCGCCGCUCCCGCAGUCAAGAUGACAGUCGCCGUCGCGACGCGCGGUCGAACGAGGAUUCUCGAAGUGGUUAUCGCUGGGAACGAGUUACCGCGACGAGGACCGCCGCGAACGACGUUACCGCGGCGACGACCGCCUCACCGAUCGUCGUGAUGACGACCGCCGCCGUGGCCGACGUGACGGGUCACCGCACCGGUCGAGGGUUACUUUGGUCGACGCCCUUCCCGAUGGGAUGGCAGAAUGGAACAUCGGAGGCUCGGUCGGCGAACGAGAAUUACUUCGAGGAUGAGCGCCAGUACUCGGACGACCAACGCUCGGACGAGGAUUCAGACGCCGAUUACGACUCGGACGAGUCUACUCGGCAUGUCGCUGCCGCUAACGACGCUGAGCGCAGGGCCGCAGCCGAUGGAACGUUCGUCCGGUCUGACAACCGACGCUACAGGAACGGAGGAGGCCCGUCCAACCGCAAACGAGAUGGCCGUCGCCAGUUUGGGCCGUGUGCCGCGUGCGGAAGCCCGUCCCACUCGGUGCACUUCUGCUACUGGCGGUGCAAACUGUGCAAACAGGUGCACGACGCUGGGAAGUGUGAAGCACUCCACGAGCUCACCAAGCUCCUGAAGUCCAAGGUCGACAAGAAGGAUCUGUCGCCAGAGCUGCAAGCCUGGUCUGAACCUGCUGUUGAUGCGGACUAUCUGUUCGCGUUCAUGAGCGAAAGUAAACGGCCUGACGACCUAAAGAACAAUGAACGUGUGAAACCGACCGAAAAUGGAGAGAACCGGGACGCAAGUCUUGUUGAGAUUGGUAUUGAUGAAGAUGAUGAUGACGAACGUGAUGGACACCCGACCGAGGCUUUAAUCACAAGUCUAGCCCAGAUCAGGGGACCACCUCGGAGCGGUGAAAUUACUGCCCGGAUACUUCUUGACACUGGAGCGAAUGUUAGCGUGAUUUCUGUCAGCUUCGCCAAGCGGCUUCGUGUGCGAAGUCUCGAAGUCUGCGGGAUCAACCCAGGGGUGAUGGAGACCCGGCGACGGACGCUCGUCAAGAUCACCCUCGGUGCCGGGGUGGAUGUGGUCCUUGGGAUGGACUUUAUGAUCCCGGCUGGAAUCCGGCUGGAUCUAUUUCAUGGCACCGCACGCCUUCCGGACGAGGUCAUGGUACCGCUGCUAAAGUCGCAGAGUGUUGAAGAUGACGAACCUUAUGGCACGCAGCCUUCGUGUGGUCCGAUCGAGGAUUUAUAUGUACCCUGUCGCGAGUGGCGAGAGUUUCGACUGCCGCGCCAGCGGCUACCUCGUUCGGAGUACGAUGUGUGGGUACGACGCACGGAUAAGCUCGUGCCGACCGUAACGAGGUUUCGACGGGGGCAGCCGACGUGGGUACGGCUCACCAAUAUUACGACCACAGCGGCACAAUGCGCCAAGCAUGACUCCGUGGUGCUGUGGGUACCACAUGGUGAACUACCGCGAGAGACUGGUUACGCGAGAUUAGACUCUAACAAGUACAAGGAGUGGCAGGUGCUGGCAUACUCAACGAGCCGUGACGAGACUCUGUAUGGAAGGAAGCGAUGUCUCUAUGACCAAUGGCUGGCCAAACAGCCACCCGCAGUUGAGCGCGGGACUUACUCGACGCCGCAGAAGAUCUUACGGAGACCGCUCGACGCUCCAAUAUGGCCGAGAGGUCAUCUUCAAGGUCGUCCUAACGACGAUUAUUCUUCGCUCGGUAUAUCGGAUCAUGCUAACGACCCCAGGGUCUCCCAAGGCUCGGUCAAAGUUAUUGAGCCUGGUGCAGACGACAUAGAACGUGAUGGUAUAUCCAACGACGGUUCAGACGACGAGGCGAGUGCACGGACCGACUCCGACGCACUGGAAGGGUCGUCGCUUCACCGAGCGGCCUAUGCAUCCAAGCGCACCGAUCAUAACGCCUAUAGCAUCGAACAUGGGGCACAGGAAGCCCCGGCCGAGGUGUCAGCAGCCGGAGAUAAGCGUGAUGAUGGUGUUGGAGAGCUGAACGACGAUUCGGGAGAAGAUCAUGACGCGCCAGAUGUAACAGCAGCGGUGGAACCCGCCCCGCGGAUGGCCGAAACAGCGACUGAUACGCAAGCACGCCCUGAACCAGAUCAAACGUCGGUCGCGUGGGGCAACGCCACUAUCGACUGGGGUGAACAUGAUCCUGGACCGAACGACAUUUUAACUGAAGCAGGAACCGCCACGACCGAGACUAGUACCGAUGGAGAAAAUUGUGUCGAUGGCCCGGACAAAGAGGACCCUGCAAGCCUAUUGGAGGCGAAAUACACCUCAUUCUUAUAUGCAAUGGUUGCGGAAGGGUUCCCGGAGGUUGAGGACACCGCGAACGAGAUUAAUCUCAGCGACUACGCGCAGGAGUCGCUACCGACAUCUCGACUGAAGCCUACCACUCGGAUUUGGCCCUACAUGGAACGAGUCAUGAUGGAGUGGCAUCUCGGAAUGCCUCGGUCAACACCCCAGCAGAUGAAACGAACAAGGAUGAAGCUCAAGGAUGAAGCUCAAGGAAGGGUGAUCGAGGCUUCGGGUGCCGAUAUUAACGUGGAAGAAGGUCGCGCCUAUGCGCCGGACCUCGACUUGCAACGAUGUAUGGAUUUGAUGAUGAAGUGA